AUGGUUGACUUCAAUACUAUCGCUUCAUUCGUUAUAACAGAUGAAACAGAUUUCAUGGAGAUUGAAAUAGAUGGAAAGAAGCACGAAAUAAGAUUUCACAAUAAUGUAGAAUAUAAGAUGGAAACAUUAGCUGGAGUGUUAAAUGCUCUCAUAAAUACUACAAUAAACAAGGAUAACGAAGAAAACUUAAUGAAUGUUAAACUUAUUGCAAGAGUUUUGAAGUUCAGUUAUGUGAAGGAGUUUAAGAUACCAAGAAUGAGUCAUAGAGUACAACUUCUUUUGGGUGCAUACCAUAUGACAUUUCCUUUGAAAAGUGUUGACAAAACGAUUGAGAUGAAAUCUGUUCCAUACGUAUGUUAUGGUAAUUGUUUAUACAUUGAGUCUAAAAUAGCUAAUGUCACAGGUAUUUCAGGAGUUAAUAGUAAAGGUUCAGUAGAAUAUAAAUCCUUCUGUUAUGCAGUCAAUUCAAUGUUCAUUCCAAACGUUCCUGUCAUAGCAACUCAUUUAGGUAAAUGGGUUCGCAUUAGUCCUCAUAAUUUGAAAGACAUGCAAUUCAGACUUGUUGACUUUCAAGGAGAGCCUGUAGAACUGAAGGCACCA